GGGUGAGAAGGCAUGGACGUGAUAUUGCGGUACACACCACUCACACACACGUAGAUAUGAAUGGAUCUGUGAAAAAACCGCACACCACACAUGUAUGCUCACAAAUUGUGUGCCAUUGUCUGUCUGGUGAUCAGAGUUCGGCAUCCAGGGGCACCGGCUGGCGCUCAAGUUUAUGUGGUGAGAGAUCAGACCACAUGCACACUGCACAGCGCACUCAUUUGUGGUUGGAAUGGCCUGUCUGUGUUGGUUUCGGUUUGUGCAGUCUGGGAGCACUCGUAGCCUGGGAUCUUGGCAGUCCGGUGCGCUGCUGCCGCUGGUGCUCAUCUCGCCCACCAACGCCGCAUCCUCGUCAUCGACCACCAGCGCACAACCGCCGCUGGGUGGGGAUGCACACAUGCACUCACCACAGCACCGGUUUGCCUGUCCGUGUUUGUGUGUGGAUGUGUUGUAUUGUCCUCCCAUCCAUCCAUCAGACAUUAUCUCGGGUCCCGUGUGGAUCUCUCCGCCCCUGACGAUCCCCCGGGGUUGGCCUAACGUCGAGUACCGAUAUGCUGUCAGGCUGGCCGGGCUCACCGCAAAGGAGAGAGACCACCACGGGGACAUCCAAUGGGAACCCAUCACCGGUCGGCGCGGCAACACACACACACACACACACACACACACUGCCAUAGACGGGAGAGCGAGGUUGUGUGGUGUGUGUAGGUAAUCGUGUGCUGCGGUGCAGCAAGAGGACGGGCACAUUCAUCGUCAGCGACCUUUACGGUAAACGGCGACCGUGAGGGAACGCCACAGCUGCAUGCGUCGUGUUGCCUUUCUUGCGAGGCAGGUCUGAAGUCCGCCCCUCAGCUGAAAAGGGCGACACUCAGAGAGUAACCAACACAAGACAACACAAGACGACACAAGACGACAGACACACUGACGAAGAGGCAGACAUGACACAACAUCCUAGGACCUACUUGUGUGUCCCACCCCACCAACAGGGUGCGUGAGUUGUAUUCGUCCUACUACGGCAGGUCAUGGGACCAGGACGACCAAGACUGGGACUGGUUCGACGUACAAACAGACCACGAUAACGACAACGACCACGAAGACGACACCCACACACACAACGGUCCAGUGACACUCAGGUAGGUCACCACACGAUACGAGGCAUGUGCAUCAGACAGACAGACAGUCAGCGCAUAUCGAGCCACGCUACGCAAUGCAAUGCAAUGCAGAGCUUCGGAUGGCCACCGGCCGUCCCACAUAUACACCCACCACGAGCUGUCGUCGUCCAACGGCCCCCGUGGAGGGCACGGCGAGCGGUCGUCAGCCAUCGAGUGGGAGUGGGCGGCCGUCAGCACCGACCACCCCCGCCACCUCGAGGGUGACAUCAAUUGCGUGGGGGACGACAAGCGGAGAAAGGACCUCAACGCGUCUGUUGGUGGGCGUGACACACACACACUUACACCAGUCUGUGCAUCUGUUUCUCUGCUGACGCGAUUGUGUGCAUCGCUGGUGUGUGUGUGUGUGUCUCAGUUGCUGCCCAGUUCGUGAGCCCCAUGUAAAGGAGACAGGAUGGCCGUGGAGAGAAGCUGCUGCAGAGAGUGUUACGUGUGGAUGCGUUGCCUUUAUCUUAUCUAUCUGUCAGCACGUCGGAUGGAACGACUGACAUGAAUGAGUGCAGUGCGUGGGGC